AUGAAUUCGCAGGGCACCAACGACGUGUCCCCCGAGGCCAUGCAGGCGCGGGUCCAGCAGGCGCGUCGCGAGGCCGAGACGCUCAAGGAUCGCAUCAAGCGCAAGAAGGACGAGCUGUCCGACACGACACUGCGCGCCGUCGCCCAGCAGGCGCACGAGCCCAUCCCCAAGAACCAGCUGAUGAAGGCGAAGCGCACGCUCAAGGGCCACCUGGCCAAGAUUUACGCCAUGCACUGGUCCACGGACCGGAGGCACCUCGUCUCGGCGUCGCAGGACGGCAAGCUCAUCAUCUGGGACGCGUACACGACCAACAAGGUGCACGCCAUCCCCCUGCGCUCCUCGUGGGUCAUGACCUGCGCCUACGCGCCGAGCGGAAACUUCGUCGCCUGCGGCGGCCUCGACAACAUCUGCUCCAUCUACAACCUCAACCAGCAGCGCGACGGGCCGACGCGCGUCGCCAAGGAGCUCUCGGGCCACGCCGGCUACCUCUCCUGCUGUCGCUUCAUCAACGACCGCGCCAUCCUGACCUCGUCGGGCGACAUGACGUGCAUGAAGUGGGACAUUGAGACGGGCCAGAAGGUGACCGAGUUUGCCGACCACCUGGGCGACGUCAUGAGCAUCAGCCUCAACCCGACCAACCAAAACACCUUCAUCUCGGGCGCCUGCGACGCCUUCGCGAAGCUCUGGGACAUCCGUGCCGGCAAGGCCGUCCAGACCUUUGCCGGCCACGAAUCCGACAUCAACGCCAUCCAGUUCUUCCCCGACGGCCACUCCUUCGUCACGGGAUCCGACGACGCCACCUGCCGUCUCUUCGACAUCCGCGCCGAUCGGGAGCUGAACGUCUACGGCUCCGAGUCCAUCAUGUGCGGCAUCACAUCCGUCGCCACGUCCGUCUCCGGACGGCUCCUCUUCGCCGGCUACGAUGAUUUCGAGUGCAAGGUCUGGGAUGUCACCCGGGGUGAAAAGGUCGGCUCGCUCGUCGGCCACGAGAACAGGGUCAGCUGCUUGGGCGUGAGCAACGACGGCAUAAGCCUGUGCACCGGCUCGUGGGAUUCCUUGCUGAAAAUAUGGGCCUAUUAA